CACCAAUUCACUUCACAAUAUUCAUACUUUCAUUGCAUUCAAAUAACAUCAUUUUCCAUAGCUUUCUAGAGCCAAAUUGUGUGAAGUUUGAGUUGUUCUUGAGCGUAUAUAUUUUACUCAAUAUCCACUCUAAGAGAGAGUAUUUGUUCUUGAGUGUUUGGUGUUGUAUACACGUUAAGGGAAGCUUAUUUCCCUUGGUCGUACGAAGGAAAGAUAUUUUCCUUCGGGUUGAAGUCUUGGAGUGUGGUAUCUCCGAGCAAGUGUUGUUGAGGCUCGUGGGACUCGAGUUCUCAGGUUGUAACGGUUUGUUAAGCACCCGUAAGCUUAACGGAAGUAGUGUAGCUCGAGAGAGUCUCUCGGGAGACUGGAUUAGCCACACGUUGUGGUGAACCAGUAUAAAUCUUGGUGUGCUCCCUUUACGCUUUCUACGCUCUUUACUUUAUCCUGCAAUUCUUAUUCCGCGAAAAUUUAUAAACAUUCUCGUGCCUCACUAUUCACCCCCCCUCUAGUGAAGGGCACCUAUUCUAACAGAGGUGGUCGAGGCCGAGCUCGAGUGCCUCACGCGGGGGCUGAGUCCGAGCCUGGCCUUCUCAUCCUUCAAACCUGCAAAAUAAGUUCAAAAAAGAACACAAGACGCUCGCGGGCUCGGAUGGACCGAUCACCACGCGGCCGAGAAAAGUAAGUCAACGUAUGAGUCAAAUCAAAAGUUUUGGACAAAAGAUAGGCCUAAUCAGCGAAAUGUGCCGAUCGUGUAGUAGUCCGGUCUAGAACAAACCUUGGCGUCAUCCUUAGUGAGACCGGGGUCUUCAAAUGAGAGCUACUCGGGUAAGUGAGAUAGGCACAAAGGAUGCACCCCUCGCCUUAGAUCCGAGAGCAAAUAGUUCACGUCGUGGAAGACGGAUAUAUAGGAGUGCGUCGAGAUGGACGGCUUACCUCGGCCUCGCGAAUAAUAUCGUCGCGGACGAUUUGGAGUGCCUCGCAGAGAGGGCUUACCUCGGCCUCGUAGAAGAGGAAAUAAAAUCGCGUCGUGGGAGACGGAUGAGAGUGCGUCGCGGUGGACAGCCGACAGAUCGACGUACAGGAGGAACAGUUUGGCGCAUCGAGGAAUCCCGCCCAUCGAGCGAGACUGCGCACUUGUUGGACCGACCAUUGAAUCACGCCGACGUUGAUGUCUACAGGGUAGGCCUGCACACCGAGAAGCCAUCACCGGAAGGAUGGAGGUGGGUCGCUGCCGGCCUGGACCGGCGUCGUAGUCGGGCUACUGGAGUCGGACUUGCCCGCCGUGGGCUUCACCGGUCUGCUGUUGCGGUCGUUGGUCGCUGAUCUGCCGCCGGGAGUUACCACUGCUGCCCUCGCCGGAGGGAAGGGGUCGCCGGAAUGAGAAUGGAGCCGCCGGGAACCUGAACGAAGCAGGGAGCGGCCUGCGGGAAUGGUUGCUGCAAAUCUCUUCGGGUCGGGUUGAAAUUUGACCCAGUGCUACCAUCUUUAGAUCUGUAAUCUACUUCGCCUAUCAGUGAUUUCUCGCGUUUGCUGGGUCCUCGCCGGCAUAGGAGAUCGGAGUACCGCCUGAAGCCCGUCGCAGAAGACACGAACGGACAACGGCUUCGCCGCCGGUGCUCAGGGGCUUAGGAUGGAGCAGUGCGCCGGCGUCCAUGGAGACAACCUUACCCGCAAUGAUGUUCGGUGAAGGAUUCGUCUGGAACUCCGGUGCUGAGAGCGGCGCUGUACUCCGGCGUCAAUUUCCCCAUCUUCAGGCGAAGUGUUGAGACAGCGACCUUGCCCAGAUCCGCUUUCAACCUUCUUCUUUAUGGAUUUUUUUUUCAAAGAAAUCCAAAUUUGUGUGGCCUCACAGUGGAAAUGUGAGGACUUGAUUCCCCGAAGAGAGAUGAAUCUCCCCAUCGGAAAAUGACAGAACCGAAGCAAUUGGUUCCAAAAAAACAAAAUUGAGAGCACGCUUGAUGUGUUCGACACUCUCAACGAGAGCACCAAUGUUGGG